UUCGCAGACCUCGGAGUCCAAUCACUGGCGUCCUGAAUGUGGUAUAACCAUGGGAAUUUCCGAGUCCAUCCCUGGAAGAGUGGGUUAGGAAGGCUUUUGGGGAUCGUGCAUGUUGGCCGCCAAAACCCUCAGUGGCAGGACUUGAAGUCUGCGAGGUUUCCGUAGAUUGGGGGCCGGUGCUUGGACAUUUUUCCCUUUUAUUUAGACGGCACUUUCGCAUUCCCGCGCAUUACGACCGAGAAGUAACGCCUCGAGCCUCGCCACGGAAUUUAGAAUGAUGUACUGAGCGCACGGCAUUCGAGACUCCUCGACAGCAUGAUGUGGUCCGCCGCCCGCUCAUUACUCGUCGUUUCUCUUAUCGCAUCAACAGCCUGUGCGAAACUAAGUUUCACAGCGACCGUCGAGCAAGAUGGCCAGGAGGUGGAGGCGUCAGACCUCGUGUUUGUGCCGAUUCCGCCUUUGACACACGGAAGAAGUCCAUCGUCUGGACUUAGCCCAGGCCAGGAGCGGAGGGGAAAAGACCCCGUCAGCUACAGUUCCAACUGGUGCGGCGCAUCGCAGCACUCGACCGGGUCAGACGAGGUCUCCAACAUCUUCAGUUUCUUCACCGCGCCGGACCUGAGGCUGCGGCCUCAAAUACCGGCGCCGCAAUUCGCUGCUGCAUGGGUGGGCAUCGACGGAGCCGAGUGCAAGACCGCUUUGUUACAAGCCGGCGUGACGACAAUUGUCAACUCCAACGGCGGCCAAAGUGCGUCAGCGUGGUGGGAAUGGUAUCCAGAGGCGGCGUACACCAUCGAUGGGCUCCGCGUCAACCCGGGAGACUGGAUGUCGGUUAACAUCACGGCCACGGAUUCGUCGAGCGCAACCGUGUGAGUUCAAGUUCUUAUGGGGGCGGUCCGGUCUCGAACUGACAACAGAUCAGUGUCAUCACCAACGCGCAACGGGGCUAUUCGGUAAACAUCGUCAUCUCCAACGGGCCGAAGCUAUGCCGCGUCGACGCGGAGUGGAUCGUCGAGGACUUUUACGAUGCGGGCAAGCAGGUUGCCUUUGCGAACUUUUCGGAGAUGUGGUUUGUCGAUGCUGCGGCGACGACGGCUCGUGGAAAGAACAUUGGGAUCGAUGGAGCGACUAUGGUUUCUCUGCGGACGGACGACGGUACUGUGUUGUGCUCGGCUGAAAGAUACGACAAUGCGAAUUUCGUCGUCUCUUCACAUGGUCCAGGUUGAGGAAGCUAGGCCCAAUUGUUUUGGACAUAAAAUGGCAUCUCGCUGUGUAUGGGAAAUGGGAUGGAAAUGGGAUGGGAAUUUUGAUUAGCAUGUGAAGGAUAAAU